CUCGCGCCCGCUGCCCUGCUCGCAGCGGCCGGCGCCAGGCUGAGAAAAUGGCGCCGGCGCCAACGGCUGCCGCGGCGCCUCAGGACGAAGCGCCAGGGCUUCUCACGCCCCGCAGCGCCGGGCCCGCUUGCGCCAUGGCGGCACUGUCCGCUUCACCGCCCCGCCGCCCGCGUGACGCGCCGCGAAGCUGCUUCCGCCAUCUUGGGUGAGGGCAAUGAGGCCUCCGCCGCCAACUUGAGUGCGGGUGAGAGACCCGGUGCAGCGGGGCGGCCCGGCGGGGAGGCAGCGGCGCCGCCGCCGGUGGCCGCGCAACGGGGCGGCCCGGCGGGGGCGGGGCGCUGGCCCGCGGGAGGCCCGGGCCCGAGUGAAGGAUGCCGAGGAAGAAGAAGCCCACAGAGGGCCUGGAUUCUCGAGGUCAGGAUGGGGAGGAAGAGGAGGAAGAGAAGAGGAACCCAGCCAAUGCCAAGAAGAAGCGCAGUUUUGUGGAUGCAUUUAUCGUUAUAUCUGACAGUGAUGGAGAGCAGGAGUCAAAGGAAGAGAGUGGAUUGCAAAAGAAGAGAACAAAACAGCAGCUGGAUAGAACAAAGUUUGCUGCUAAAAGAAAAAUUGCACAGAUGACUGAAGAGGAACAGUUUGCACUGGCCCUGAAAAUGAGUGAGCAAGAAGCCAGAGAAGUGAACUGUCAGGAAGAGGAAGAGGAGGAGCUCUUGAGGAAGGCCAUUGCUGAGAGCCUUAAUAGCUGUCAGCCCUCGGACUCCCCUGAUUCAACCCCUCAGUUGUCUGCAGAAGCACUGGGCUUGCAAGGCCAAAGCCAGUCUGCCGAGAAAGGAAGUUCUGAGAUCCUGGGAGGUCUGACACUUCGCUCUGACACCCCUCGCUCCGAUUGCAGCCCCUGCUCACAGAGCACCAGAGCUGAUGGGAACGGACAGAUGGAUGUCGCCCGGAGCCCCCUGGUAGUGUUGAGGAGGUUAAGCCAGGAAAUUGUUGAAAGCUCACUAGUAUCCAGCAUAAUCGUGUCUCCGGGGAAGGGCCAGCCUGUGACAAGGUCAAGUGAAAAGCCUUCCUCACCAGCGAAAAGUGAUUCUAGUAACAUGUUAUCCGGCACUCUUGGAGAGGACCUCAUCUCUCUGAGUCCCACCUUUGGCAGGGUGACUUCAGGCUCCUGGCAACUGACACCUCGGAGACUGUUCACAAGUCCCUCCAGCUCUUCUGAAGCAACAGGCCAUGAACCAAAAGAGCAGCCCCUGCCCUGCACUGGCCAUUCUGCAGGAGAGGCUGGUGCUGGGAGCUCAGCCACGGUCUGGAAGAGCUGGACCACGGAAUGGUGUGGCAGCCCCAGGAGGAGUGGUGGAGGAGCAGGUACCAAACACAGCUUGCAGCCCAGGCAUGCCACCAAAGUCUGUGUUUCCACAGAGGAAGCAGAGCAGAAUGAGGUGCCCGACAGUACCCCUGAGCUUUGCGUACCGAGUGUGGCGGAGGAGAAGCACAAGCAGGAGGAGGCGAGAGACACAGUGCACUAUUACUGGGGCAUCCCCUUCUGCCCCAAAGGGGUGGACCCCAACCAGUACACCAAAGUCAUCUUGUGUCAGCUGGAGGUUUACCAGAAGAGCCUGAAGCAGGCUCAGAGGCAGCUAUUGCAUAAGAAGGAGUUUGGUAACCCAGUUGUGCCCGGUUCUUCCUUGAGCCAAAACGAUCUUGGGAAAGGAGAGCAGAUAAGCAAGGAGAACGGGGUUGCUGAUGAUACAGAAGAUGGAGACCCAGAUGGGCAGAAGGAGUCUGAGAGCAUCACCUGGCUCCUCCCUUCAAAGAAAAGGGAGACAGAGAGUCCAGGGCACAGCAUGGAAGAAAAGAACUCCACUUCUGAUGAUGAACCGACCACAAGCUACUGCCAGGCCUCCCAGGUGCUGCCUGCAGAGGAUGUGCAUGAAGAGGGGGAACCCAUGCAAAUUGCACAGAGCAUCUCCAUGUUGACCCCACUUGGCAGUAAAAGGAGCCCAGAUAUUGCCACAGAAAACUCUGCUGAAGAAGAGAUCUCUGUUUGCCCAGAGACCCAGCUGAGUCCACGGGAAGCUAUUGAGGCGGAGAGAGAAGAGCUCUGCUUGGGCAGCAGAGAUGCACCUGUGCAGGCUGGUGGAGAUGAAGAUGCUGGCAGGCCUGUGUCUGAGUGCAGUCCUACAGCUGCUGACCAUGUGUCAUGCCCACUGUGUGACCAAGGCUUUCCAGCUACGGAGAUCGAGCUGCAUGCCAUGUACUGCAACGGCAUCGUGGGAGAGCAGGCUGGCGUGGACAGUCCAGGACCUGCAGAGAAUCUGCCAGUGGUAGAAAGCGACAGGCUCCCGAGCCAUGCGGGUGAGCGUCCUUCAGGGCUCUUGAGAAGGGAGAAUGUUCUGUACCGCUCCAAGCACGGCCCCCACUCUGCAAUGAGUGACAUUUGUAUGUGCAAAAAUGGCUUGUUCAGCUUCAAGAGAUUGCAAAAAAGUUUCCCUCUUGUUCCUCUAAAAUUGCAAAAUGAUAGCUAUCGAUCUGGGAGCUUGGAUUUUUCUCCUUCAUGUGAAGAGCAAGGCAUAGAAUCACGGUCGGAAUGUCUGUAUUAAUCCUCUUUGCAGUCUUCUCCAUAUCAGUUCUCCAUAGCCAACCUUUGUAGAGCUUAAGUGAACAAAUACACUGGUUGGAUAUCAACAUAUUCAAUAAGUUAUGUUUUAGCUGCUGCUUGAAAUGUAAAGUCUGUGUUAGCACAGUGUCAGGUAAUAUCAAAGUAGUAGCUUGUAAUAAGAUUAACUUUUCAAGUUGUGAAUAUAUAAUUUUCGGUUACAUACUAGGUUAUUAAAUGCAACCUAAAUAUAUGAUGUUUAAGCAAUUUGAGCAAAUCAGAGCUAGUACAAGAACUGUAACUUGUGCAUUCCUCUAGCAGGAGGAAGUUUUACCAUGUAGUUUUAAUGCAGAGUUGAUGUAGUUUUAAAAUACAAGGUCCCUGUUACACUAAAUAUUUGGGGAUAUGACAUGAGUUCUGUCAAGAUAACAGGAGCCAGAGUAGUGGCUGAUACUGCUUAGUGCUUAAUUUUGGUGGGGACUUCUCUCUGCAGGCACAAAUCAGCAACUAAUGCAAAAUAUUCAAGUCAGGCAAAUCGCAAAUUAGCACAGUUUCUCUCCCAUCCUCAACACUGAUAAAGGUCUUAUCCAUGCUACAAAACGGAGCAGAAUUUUUAGAAUGCCUUUUAUCAGGAAUGUCUUUGGCCCUCUGGUAAUUGGGUCCCUGGUGUGGCUGGACUGUGAGUAUAUCAAUUGAUCCUGGGGAAUCCUGACUGUGAUCAGGAAAAGGCUUUGAAUUCUUUGGCGGUGCGAGGGAAUUUGUUGUUUCCUUUGGUGUUGGCUUUCAGCAAGGCAGAGUUCAAGGCUGGCCUCUCCACUCUGCUUCCAGACUGGUCUCCUUGGGGAUAUUUGUAAGGGUAGUUAUUUUGGAAUUGCUACUCUGCUGUUCUGGCUUGUUCAGAACAAUCUGCCUGUAAGAAAACUAGCCUGGAAUAAAAGGGAUUUUAGUCUACAAUAAUGGCUCUAAGCAGAGCAAUGGUUUGGGGACAAAAAUCACAGCAAUUUGGGUUUUCUAUUGCCAGUUAUUCUAAUAUUUUCCCUGUAGAGACCAGGCUUUAUUAGCUGUAAGUCUGUGACACCUGUGGUGUUUGCACCAAGACUCUUUGCAGGACCGUGGGCUUCCUGGACUUAGAGCAGCAUGUAACGCGGGGCAGAAUCCUGCCUGCCUGCUGGGGCUCUGGCUUGUGGGGCACCUCGAUCCGGUUCCCAGCAGCUGUACAAGGGCAGCAGUCACCUGGAGGGGUCUCAGCUGAUGGGCUGGUCAGUGGGGUUUGGGUUAAAUAGGCAGGGAGGACAUUUAGCUCUGAGCAGAGGCCAGACAGUAGCCUGGCACAGCUGUGCAGGUACAAAAGGACUCUGUUUCCAGAGCUGUUACCUUGGCAUCCAUCACUAGCACAAAAUCCAUAGGUAAAGCUAAUGCAUGGGGAGAAAAAAUUGAUGGGAGAAUUGUCUCGUGAAGCAAACGCCAGCUCCUGUGUGGGUCCAGAAGCUGUUCUCUACUGCUGCAGUGUUGUGUCUCUUGGCUGGCUGCUGGCUUCCUUGAGAGCACAGCCACAGCCUUGUGUGAGAGAAAAUCAAAGUUCUGCCCUCUAAGCCAUGUCCUGCUCUGCUGUGAGAAGGUGUUUUGAGUUUUCCUUUGGUGCACUGGGUCAGGGAUUCCUGGUCUGGUUUUAGCUAUACUAAUUGGAUUUACUCCUGAUGUCUCUAGAAUUGCAGAUUAUGCAGUCCUGCAGACUAUAGCUGUCAGUGUUUUUCAUUUUAAAAUUACGAAAGGAUGAGUUCUUGCCGGUUUUACUUCUCUUCUUCCCUCUUUUAAUCAUGCACUGAAGUCUUUCUGUGUUAUGUACCAGGAGGCCAGUUCAGUCUGGCUGCUAUUUAAGGACAGGUUUUUAAAUGAGUUAGCUGGGCAAGAUGAGUUACAGUUCCUUCCCCUACAUAUGUACAUGGUUGCCCUGGCUGGAUGCCCAGACCACCACAUACCUGGGCAGUAUGAAAAUCUGAUCAUAAAUUUCCAUUUUCCUGUGGUUUGAGUAAAUAAAAAAGAAGAGCCUGCUGUUGCAUUAGCUACUGUACCAGGCUGGGGAAGGUUCAGGUUCUGGGUUUCCAGCUCAGUGACUGGUGUUAAUUCCAAGUGAAUGAGUGGAGCUGUGGAAGUGCUGUGCCAGCUCCCUCUUCCUUCAUGCACUCGGCUGAAGGGCUCACUUGUGUGAGAGGAGCUCUCUGCUGGAGUCACCGCAUCCAUCGCCCACUGCUGCUGCCAAUGCAGGAAUCUGCUGGUCUCAGUCUGGAAGCGAGUCUUGGCCACUACUGAGUACAGCAAAUCGUCUCAAGCUUUGGGAUGUACUCUAUUCCUCUUGCCCUCAUCUACAUGUUCCCAAGUGAGCCCAGGAAAAUGAGGAUUUGGUAUAUCCCUUCCUCCCAAGCCUCAAAUGCAACGUGAUGCAGCUGUCAGUCUUCAACAGCAGCACUGGUGCUUGUUAAAAAGCUCCUGACAUCAAUAGAAGUGGCACCGAUACAGCAGAAGGAGUAAUGAACGAGCGUGGAGGAAAGCUUCGUCACGUCUGAGAAAGGACAAGAUGCUGGCGAGCCUGCCACUAAAAGAAUCCUGCACAAGAAGUGGUAUGGCUGGUAGUGAAGAUGGGGAGGAAGCAAGCCAGGGAGUUUGGUGACUGUGGCCUCACAACUCCGCAUACCAACCCGACCCAGCAGCCCCAGGAGGUGCCUGGGGUGGGUGUACUGAUAGUAGGGCCGGGAUGGGGAGGGUUUGCUCCUCUUCCCCAAGGUGCGAGCUGGAGCCAAGCAGGCCAAGGAUGACUUGUCAGCCAGAAGAAAUGCUGUGCCAGGGAACAGGUUGUUCUCGGUCUACAGAGAACAACGAAGAGGCAUUGCAUCUGGGAGAGUUACAAGGCUCCUGUCACACAGCAGGUCAGCACUGCUCUGUGGUGAGGACUUUCCCCCCAGCAAAUCUUUUCCCAUGUUCUAAACUCCCUUCCUGCGGCUGGCUGGCGUGUUUUGGCAGGGGUCAUGCCUCGGCAGCUGGCCCUGUUCUCUCUCCUGUGCUUCUGCUUCCAGCAGUACAGCUGGGGGUCUUCCCCUGGGCAGCUGCAGAGCUGGUCCCAGACAUCUCUAAUGGGCCCAUUAUGCCAGAUGUGUUCACUGCUUUAGGAAGAAAAUAGAACUGAUUAACACCUGAGCUGGUGCAUGAGGCUCCUGAGAUAGUGUUAGCGGAAUAUUAACGAGUGCACGCUGAUUUGGAGAGCAGCUUUCACCAUGCUGUCAAACACACGUGUUAGUUGAGUUGUUGGGAGGCUGGAUGGCCUGGGGGGUGGCCAUGGUUAUCAGCCCCCCUCAGUCAGGCUGCCACUUCAAAUAUAGGCCAGGCUCAGUUAGAGAUGUCUGCUUCAGUGCCUGUGAGAAAUGAGCUGUUGGUAUCAGUCAUUGCCUACAGGACAAUACCCACAUCCUAGGAAGUGCUUGAGUUUGUUCCUUCAGCGUGGAUGUCUCCUGUCAGCCCCAACAGCUCCUGAGCAUCUCGCAGUGCAUUUGCUGGUUGUGGCUGCAGAUCAGUGGUCGCUACUAAGGGAAAGGCUGUGUUGUACCAGCACCGUGGAUAGAUAUUGGGGUUGCCCAACACUCUGGAAAUGGGGUUUUGCUAGAACUCGGAAGGAUUCCAUUUGUUCUGCACAAAAUUUUGUCCAUCCCUUUCUUUGUCACAGAUGAUGUGCCAACAAUAACAGGUUUCUUGUGCCUAUACCCUGGAUUCAGACCUUUCUCCUAAUGAGAGUAUG